AUGUCUUUAAUACAUCUUCUUUCACUCGUUCUGCUAUAUCCUACAUAUGCAACUGCUUCUGGAGGCUUCGUCGCAUACGGUGAUUUCAACUGUCAGGAACAAAAGCUUGAUGUUUGGAGCGACGGGGUGACGGUCCCAGACAGCACACUUCGCACAGACUAUUCCAUCAAAGACUGGAACAGCCAUGCCGGAGGCCAUUACUAUGAGAAUCUGACAUUCUCCGAGGCGGUAAAAACGAACCACACUUUAGACGAAGCACCGAUUCAAGUCGUAUGGUGGAAGCUAGAGGAAGUAGACCGAACUUGUCAAUACGUUAUAAUGAAGGAUUCGCCACGAGGAUGGCAGGUUCUCAACAAGCUGCCCGGGGAUGAGAUCGUGAGAGCAUCCAGAGAAGGCUGUUAUUAUUCAGCUUUAAGGCCCGGAGAUAACUUGAUCACUAGUUUUUGCUGUGGCCAAGAUGAUUGUGCUAUCGUGGAGAUCGAGAAACAACAUGUCACCAAUCCCAAGGAUACUACGACUGGUGAAGCCCCGAAGUGCUCGAUCGUUAAUUCGUAUUCUUCUACGCCUACCGUUGAAGAUGGCCCACAGAUAGGCAUUACUAGGUCACAGGGCUGCGAAGCUCCGCCUGCCUGCUCACAUUCAGUAAGCGAGAGUCAAUCAUUCAGCACGGCAGUGUCGCAUUUCCAGUCAUAUACUUGGACAAGCGAAACAGGAUUCGAGGCGACCUUCGAAUCCGGAGUAGACUUUCUUGUAGAUGACAGGUCACAUGCAGGGAUAAGUUACAGCAUUGGACAGAGCUUCAUGGACGAGACGGGGACUACUUUAACUGUAGGCAAUAUCACAUCGUCAUCGGAAGGUUCGAGACAGGUGCCAGGGACCUACGCAUUCUACUCCUUCACGCCGCAGUAUAACUGCUGGAAAGCUGAUGUGAGCUGUGGCAAAGAUAAGGACGGCAACGAAAUGAUACUGAAGGAUGUCAAUUUCUGCCAGCCUAUAAUAUCAACUUCUGGCGAUGCUGCGGGAACAUUCAGAAUGGUGUAUGUGUCGGAUGGCUGA